GGGGCGGGGUGGGCAGUUAUUCUUGGAUGCUGUGGAGGGUAGGGUUUCAGAUUUGUUUAUGCCCAUAGGAGGCACCUUGGGGCCAGUGUGGGGCGCCUGUCUCGACCGACUCCAGGUCACCUGGGUGAGAGGUGCCUUGGGUCUCUGUCCUGCUCUGCAGGAGCCGGCUCUGCAGCCCAGGCAGGCCAGGGGAUCCUGGGAGGGGUGUGGGCCGCCCCGGGUUGGGCAUAUGCCAGCCUCAUGUAGGGGGGCCAGCUCGUGCUGAGGGCUGGCCUGAGGGUUGUACAGGCCGCCCCAGGCAGAGCCUGAGCUAUUAAUACCAGGCACGCACAGCCCGGCCGGGUGAUCCUCUUAUGCCUGUGGCCUUGGCCCUGGGGCUGGCAGUGACCGCUGCGUCCUCGGCGGGGGCCCCCUGGGCCUGUGCUGCCCAGAGGGGUGGUCUCGCCCAUGGAGGGGCAGUUUGGGUGGCCAGGGCACACCAACUGUCUGGGGAUCCACUGGGUUCUACGAGGCGGCGAUGCCCCGUAGCCACCAGCACUGAGCCCGCCACACACUUGCUGUCCAGGAGCACCACCUCCGGACCACCGCGCUCUCCCACGUCUCGGCCAUGAGCAGCCCCCCAGCUUACCCUGGUAUCAGGAUCUCGGGGUGCUGGGCCCUUGGAGCAGAAAGCAGCAGCAACGCUGAAUCCCUGGACAGACUCCUCCCUGCCGUGGGCACCGGCCGCUCGCCCCGGAAGCGUACCACCAGCCAGUGCAAGUCAGAGCCCCCACUGCUGCGCACGAGCAAACGCACCAUCUACACGGCGGGGCGGCCGCCCUGGUACAACGAGCACGGCACGCAGUCCAAGGAGGCCUUCGCCAUUGGCCUAGGAGGGGGCAGUGCCUCUGGGAAGACCACCGUGGCCAGGAUGAUCAUCGAGGCCCUGGACGUCCCCUGGGUGGUCUUGCUGUCCAUGGACUCCUUCUACAAGGUGCUGACCACGCAGCAGCAGGAGCUGGCCCCCCACAACAACUUCAACUUUGACCACCCCGACGCCUUCGACUUAAGACUCUGUACGGUGCAAACGUCAUCAUCUUCGAGGGCAUCAUGGCCUUUGCUGACAAGACACUGCUGGAGCUCCUGGACAUGAAGAUCUUCGUGGACACGGACUCCGACAUCCGUCUGGUGCGGCGGCUGCGGCGGGACAUUAGCGAGCGGGGCCGCGACAUCGAGGGCGUCAUCAAGCAGUACAACAAGUUCGUCAAGCCGGCCUUCGAGCAGUACAUCCAGCCCACCAUGCGCCUGGCCGACAUCGUGGUGCCCAGGGGGAGCGGGAACACAGUGGCCAUCGACCUCAUUGUGCAGCACGUGCACAGCCAGUUGGAGGAGCGUGAACUCAGCGUCAGGGCUGCGCUGGCCUCUGCACACCAGUGCCACCCUCUGCCCCGGACGCUGAGUGUCCUGAAGAGCACCCCGCAGGUGCGGGGCAUGCACACCAUCAUCCGGGACAAGGAGACCAGCCGUGACGAGUUCAUCUUCUACUCCAAGAGGCUGAUGCGGCUGCUCAUCGAGCACGCGCUGUCCCUCCUGCCCUUCCAGGACUGUGUGGUGCAGACGCCUCAGGGGCAGGACUACGCCGGGAAGUGCUACGCCGGGAAGCAGAUCACAGGCGUGUCCAUCCUGAGGGCGGGCGAGACCAUGGAGCCUGCGCUGCGAGCCGUGUGUAAGGACGUCCGCAUCGGCACGAUCCUGAUCCAGACCAACCAGCUGACCGGGGAGCCCGAGCUCCACUACCUACGGCUGGACCACGAUGUGCCUGAGGACAAGAUCUUCUUGCUGUCCCUGCUCAUGGCGGAGAUGGGUGUUCACUCCGUGGCCUACGCCUUUCCCCGCGUGAGGAUCAUUACCACGGCUGUGGACAAGCGUGUCAACGAUCUCUUUCGCAUCAUCCCAGGCAUUGGGAACUUCGGUGACCGCUACUUUGGGACAGAUGCGGUACCUGAUGGCAGUGAUGAGGAGGAAGUGGCCUCCACGGGUUAGCCCUCACAGCUGUGCUGCCCAGCCCAGAUUGCAGGGACAGACGUUAACUUACUUUAAUUUUUAAAAUGGCGUCUACAUAACUUAUUCCACGUGUUUUAUGUAACAUAAAUAAAGCUUUAGAAAAGCGAA